AAAGGGAAAAAGGACUGAGAGAGAGAGACAGGGGAGCCAGGAAGCAGAGAAGCGCCAGAGAAAGUGAGAGGGAGGAGGAAGCGGAGAGAGGAAGCAGGAGGAGGAGGCUGAUCCCUCUGGCUUCCUCAGACACUGUGUGUGAUUCUCAGUGAGCACUGUGUGCGAGCAGGGUGUGAGCACUGUCUGUGUGUGUUUGGGCAAGGCGUGAGCACGGUGUGUGUGAGUAGGGUCUGAACUGUGUGUGUGAGCAGGUUGCUAGCACUGUGUGUGUGUGAGCACUGUGUGUGUGAGCACUGUGUGUGUGAGCACUGUGUGUGUUAGUGUGUGUGUGUGUGUGUGUGUGUGAGCAGGGUGUGAGCAGCUCUACGGUGCUCACUAUGGCAGGAGGCUUGUUUGGAAGGGUGUACCUGGACCUGGACUCUGCACCCUCCCUGGAGGGGCUGGAGCUCCAGCUGGGAGGAGACGCCAUGCACCAGGGUCUGGACACACUGAGUGACAGCACCAGCUCCACCACGGCCAACGACCUGGACCUCAUCUUCCUCAAGGGGAUCAUGGAGAGCCCCGUGGCCCAUGAGCACUUUGAGGAGCCCAAGCUGGAGGCGGUGCGGGACAACAACAUGGAGCUGGUGCAGGACAUCCUGAAGGACCUGAGCCCGCUGGCCGACAGCAGCACGGCGGCCGACGAGCUGGCGCGCAUCCUCCAGGAGCCCCACUUCCAGUCUCUGCUGGAGACGCACGACUCGGUGGCGUCCAAGACCUUCGAGACUCCGCCCCCCAGCCCGUGUGCCUUCAUGGACGCGGCGUUCAACAACCAGCCCGUCCCCCCCGACGCCGUCCGCAUGGUGGGCAUACGCAAGGUGGCCGGGGAGCACCUGGGCGUGACGUUCCGCGUGGAGAACAGCGAGCUGGUGAUCGCCCGGAUCCUCCACGGCGGGAUGAUCGACCAGCAGGGCCUGCUGCACGUGGGCGACAUCAUCAAGGAGGUGAACGCCAAGGAGGUGGGCGACGACCCGCGGGUGCUGCAGGAGAUGCUGAAGGACGCCAGCGGCAGCGUGGUGCUGAAGAUCCUGCCCAGCUACCAGGAGCCACACACGCCGCGGCAGGCCUUUGUGAAGUGCCACUUUGACUACGACCCCUCCCACGACAACCUGAUCCCCUGCAAGGAGGCGGGGCUUAGCUUCGCCCGGGCAGACAUCCUGCAGAUCUUCAACCAGGAAGACCUCAACUGGUGGCAGGCCUGCCACCUGGGGGGCGGCAGCGCGGGCCUCAUCCCCAGCCAGCUGCUGGAGGAGAAGCGGAAAGCCUUCGUGAAGAAGGACAUGGAGCUGGUCACCGCAGGUCCCCUGUGUGCCGGAAUGGGCGGCAAGAAGAAAAAGAAGAUGAUGUACUUGACGACCAAAAAUGCAGAAUUUGACCGCCAUGAGUUGAGGAUCUACGAAGAAGUGGCCAAAGUCCCGCCCUUCAAGAGGAAGACGCUGGUUCUGAUUGGUGCGCAGGGUGUGGGCCGUCGCAGUCUGAAGAACAAGUUGUUGGUGUGGGACCCCCAGCGCUACGCCACGACCACCCCCUUCACCUCCAGGAAACCCAAGGUGGACGAGAAGGACGGACAGAUGUACUCCUUCAUGUCUCGCACCGAGAUGGACUGCGACAUCAAGAGCGGGCGUUUCCUGGAGCACGGCGAGUACGACGGCAACGUCUACGGCACCAAGAUCAACUCCAUCCACGAGGUGGUCGACACUGGGAAGAUCUGCAUUCUGGACGUCAACCCCCAGGCCCUGAAGACCCUGAGGACGGCCGAGUUCCUGCCCUACGUGGUCUUCAUCGAGGCCCCCGACUACGAGGUGCUGAAGGCCAUGAACCGGACGGCCAUCGAGUCGGGAGUGGUCACCAAGCAGAUGACGGACUCUGAGCUGAAGAGGACGGUGGACGAGAGUGAACGUAUCCAGCGGGCGUACGGACAUUACUUUGACCUCUGUAUCGUCAACGAUGGCCUGGAGUCCGCCUUCCGUGGCCUGCGGCUAGCGCUGGAGCGGCUGUCCUCCGAGCAGCAGUGGGUGCCAGUGAGCUGGGUCUUCUAGAAGGGUUGACCCCCACCCUGACCCUGCCGCCCCGAAGAGGAGCCGUGACCGACCUUGAAGAGAACCGAGGUCAGAGGUCGAAGGUUAUGGGUUAAAGGAGGAGGUUGUGCUGGUCUUGGGAUACAGUAGAAAAUGGCUGCCCAAAUGGGGAUUUGGAAAGAGCGGGAAAACACAGUGUUGGCUAGCUCUGUCGCGCAGAGCGUUUGGAAAGAAGGAAGCAUCACAUUUUAAGUGCGAAAAACCAGCCUUAUGUUGUUUUGUACCUAGAACUCUUUUGUUGACCAUGACGUUACGUUGGUUUUUGUUCUUGAUUCAUUUUGAAUAAUUACGUUUUUCGUAAGAACAGAACAGGCUCUAUAGUUGGCUCUCCGAUAUUGUGCAAUCGUGUGUGUGGUAUGAGUGCGUGUGUAGAUUGUGGAGGAAACAAACACAAUGUUGGGUUACAAGAUUCACUCGAUUGGCUAGGUGACACAGUGCUUUUCUGAAGAGAAGGAAGUGGAAUUUAUUUGGCCUUUUUAAACAUUUUGAAAAGAUCUUGCAGUUAACAUUAUAUUGGUAGUUAAGGGCACAGCACUGAAAGAAAAGUCAGGGGUCAUAUUUAUAUAAAUUAUGUAUAUUCUACUGUUUGAUCACACGAUUGUAUAUUCAAAAAAAUGCUUUUCCUUCUGGAUGGAGUAAAUUGUGUUAGGAAGAUGAAUAGCAAUAGAUUAUCAGUAACCAAACACAUACAAAUGCAAUACACACACAGAUAGACACAUACACAUAUAUAUGUGCACUUACACAAUAUAGCAACCUCACUGAAUUGUGAAAUCAGUCGUGUCUCAGCUCAUAAUUUAUCACAAAAAGGUGUAUAUUUUGUUAUAACAUUCAUAAUUUCUGCCCUAUACUGCAUUUUUACUUUUCUGAUUAGUCUGAAUGGGCUGAUUCAUGAACAUUACAGCAAGCACAUCCAGACAAUCCUGGAGCAUUAUAUUUAAAACUCCACAUAUAAUAAAUACUGUUGAACAAAGUUACCAAACAUAGGCCUACCUACAAUAUUUUAUUCAGACUGAUGGUAAGAGAUGUUUUUCCGAUAGUUUGAACACAGCGAAAGGUCAGAUUAAAACAGAGAGUUUCAUUUUCAAUAGGGUAGUGGUAGACCACUGCAAUUGUUGCUUGAAAUUUACUUUGGCCUUAACUUAUCUCCGAAGCCAAGGAUACUAUCACACAUCCACCAUUUCACACUCGACAACUAUACUUUUUGGAUUGUAGGUUAUCCUAAAAAAACAAAAAUCCCACGACAAACCUCUGUGUUCGGAUGCUUAUUUUUUUUCUCAAACGUGUAAAUAUUGUAAUGUAAACAAACAACACAGAGAAGAUAUUCGGUGCUCUGAGAGGGUUCUGGUCCUGGUGCAGCCGCUCCAUAGCGCUGUACUUUUGAUGUUCAAGAAGUGUAUUAAAAAAAGAAAACCUUUGGAGCACCGCUUUGCCCGCGUCUAUUCCUGUCAGCCACAGCUGCACACUAUGGGAUCAGGGGUCAUGGGGCUCAGGGAACUGGGAUAGGGGUCAAACUGCGCGGGAAAUAAAUGUCCCACACACACACAAGUCCGACCUAUGUUCAGACAGUGAGUUAUUAAGAAAAAACAAAUAUAUAUAUAUAUAUGGUGGUUUAAUUAUUUGUUAUAAUAUUUGUUACAGGAAUUAUAUAUCCGUCAUUAUCGUGAAAAUACAUUUAUUUUUUCGAUAAUGGCUUUAUCGGCUUAUUACAAAAUAUUAAGUUGGCUGAUAUUGAUACACAAAGUGAAUUAACAAAAAAUAAAAAAUAGAAUAAUAUUUCUAAAUUAUUUCCUACUUCCGCUAAAAAAUAGGAUCCAUGGCUACAGUCUGUCAUAGCUGCAGUCUGCUAAGAGAACACCCUUAUACUACCUUUGAAUUUCAAGAUUUAUUGAGGCUAUGAACACCAUAAAAAAUAAAAAGCAACAGAGGACAUGAUUGCAACCAUGACCUCUACUGCCCCAUGACGAUUCACAUGGCGGCGGCGAGGGGUCAGGGGAAGUGUACCGUGGAGGGGGAGAGAGAUGAUAAGGUAUGAUGUCAUCACUCUCCAUCCCCGCCUGUCUCCUAGACUUCAGGGAGGAGGGCCUGUCGCGCUGCGUUUCCACAAAUGUACAUUUUCCCAAUUGACUUAGAAUAGUGACGGUUGUUUUUGCAGCAAAUCACUGCGCAGCACCUAUAGGCCGCUCGAUUCACUACAUAAAUAGUCGUAUACUCUCAGUUUCUGUUGGAACAGAAACUGGCUGCACCUUCGGUCAGACCCAACUAUAGGGUUGUAUCAAUAACCAUGGUUCUCACUUAUGGAGACACAUAACUAAAUUCGAAAACUAUGGCCUAUGUCAAGUUGUGAACUGGGCCGUUGGGCCUACUGUUAUAAAAGUUGCACUAAUUCCUCCAUUAGUAGUAGGCCUAAAAAAAUCCUAGAUAUAAUGAUAUAUAAUGCAUUUAUUGCUUCUUUUGGGUCCCGUUCAACGGCCUGGUCGUCCGAAACUAGCGGGUUUAGCUGUAAGACUUCCAGCUGAUAGGUUGUUGGUUCGAGCCCCUAUGUCCCCCGAUAGACAUACUUGAGCAAGAUGCCUAACCCCUAGCUGCUCCUGACAUGACAUACCAAAAGAUCCCUCAAAUUCCCUUUGGUUAAAAUGACUUAAUAAUACAAAAUGUUAUUAUUAGUGAUAGUGGUGUAGUAUGUAAGCGAUCGUAAUCCUUAUUCAGACAUCCAAAUGUUCAGACAUAUUUGAAUUUCUAGGUUUUCCGACACAUUAGUAUGAGAAAAGAAAGAAUAUUUUUAUUAUCAAAUUUGUGUAUCGUUUUUUAUUGUGUGUGUGUGUUUGUGUGUAUGUGUGUGUGUAUAUAUAUACCUGUAUAUCAGAGAUGGAAAUUAACUUUUUUGCCCACCAGCCACUGUGGCAGGUAGAUUUAAAAAUCUACCUGCCACUCAUCUUUUUUACCAGCCACUUUUUAUACGCUAUAUAUUUUUUCAAUAUAUACGUACAUUUUAAACAAUAUCAUAGUAACAAUAGAUAAGAAAAGUGUUUUUCAUACACAUCUUUUUUUCCAUCAGAAGUGAUUUUUACUGUAAGUAGGUUCUACCAAGGAACUGAGUUGAAAACGUUACACUCUUACCGCAUAUGAUAAACAAUACACAGGUAUCUGCCAUGUUAAGUCAUGUUUAUUUCAAAGGUGUUACGAUGACAAGUUUGGGGAUAAUUCAUCUAUACAAAGUAUUUUCAAUAAAAAACAAAUUUACAUAUUAACAAUAAAACAACAUGCAUGGCUACACCAUCAUAACAUGUUAUCUACAUGUGACUGCAUACAAAUGUGUCCACAGACCUGGUAACUAACGUAUGAUAGUAAGCAUUAUUGGCCCUUAACCCUAAUGUUCAGAAAAAACACUGCCUCAAAAGGCUAUUGGCUUAAGCAAUACAAGUAGAGGCAUAUACUUGAACUUUAUACCCUGAACUUUUAAACGUUGCAAACGUGCAAAAACAUAAUUAUAUAUUUAUGUGGCAUUCAGUCCAAUGCCGAAAAUAUAUCUAUGACAUUAGGCCAAUGCUGUGGUAAAGUGUGUAAAGUAUGACCAAGUGUUUCUUUCUGUUCAAUAGUCUAGAUAGAACUUUAUCAAUCCCCUGUAGGAGAAAUUUGUUAAUGUUUGUCCCUAUAAAACAAUAAUGGUAAAAAAAUAAAUACAAAACACGACGGUAACUGAGUAAGUCAAA